UCGGAGGCUCACGUGACAGUAUUUGAAUAAAGUUUUCUUCAUUAGACCUGAUAAAACUUGAAAUCAAGUUAUUACUAGGAAAUGUAGAUGUAUUUGUGAUCGAAAAUUUUUAAAUGAAAGAAAAAGAUAAAACUCGAUAGUCGAAAGAGACGAAAUUACUUAAACAUAUUCAAUUUUUAUUGGCUAGAAAAGUAAAUUAAGCUUCGUCAUCUAUGAAUAAGUAUUUAUAAUGUAGGACUUUACUUUUUGUGACUCGAUUUUGCUUACACAAGAUGAGCAAAGCGAAUUGGAAAUAUUUGACGUGACCUUAAUCCAAGUAAUUAAGAAAAUACUUAUGGAUAAUAAAGAUGAAGAAACCACUGAAUCACAAACUUCUGAAAAUGAACUAAUUGAAAAGAAUAUAUUUACUCCUAGAGAAUAUCAGGUUGAAAUAUUAGAGAUCGCAAAAGAAAAAAAUACAAUAGCUUGUUUGGGAACUGGAACUGGAAAGACUUUUAUAGCAGUAAUGUUAAUAAGACAUUAUGCAAAUCAAACAUUGGGUGAUUAUGAUAGAGCAAAAAGAACUGUUUUCUUAGUCCCUACAGUUCCUCUUGUUAAUCAGCAAGCUGAAGUUAUAAGAAAACACAUAGAUCUUAAUGUAGGUGAAUAUUUUGGAGAGAAAGAUAUAGAUUUUAGUAAAGAUCAAUGGUCACAAGAAUUUGAAAAAAAUAAUAUACUUGUCAUGGUAGCUGAAGUAUUUAGACUAAUAAUACAGCAUGCUUUAUUAGCAAUGAGCAAGAUUAAUCUGAUUGUAAUUGAUGAGUGUCACAGAGCUGUGAAGAAUCAUCCAUACAGGGAAGCACUGAAAUGUUUGGAUGUUUGUGAUCCUCGUAAUCGACCUCGUAUUCUUGGACUAACAGCUCCUCUUAUAAAUGGCAAAUGUAAGCCAUAUCAGUUAGAAGGAAGAAUUGAAAAUUUAGAAAGAACUAUGUUUAGCUCUGUAGCUACUCCUGAAGAUAUUUUAUCAUUAAAAGAAUUUGGAACUGAUCCAAUUGAAAUUAUAAAAGAGUAUCAAUAUUUUCGAAGUCCUUAUGAAAUAUUUAAUGAAAUAGUUAAGAUUUUGAAUUGUAUUAUUGUUCAGUUUUCUAAACACACUAAUAAUGAUCUAUUAGAUGAAGAUACAACAUUUUUCACACAGCCAAGAAAAGCUGUUUCCAGUAUAGCUGCUGUUUUUUCAUCAUUAGGUCUUUGGUGUGGCUUAUGUUCUACUGAAAUUAUACUUUCUGAAGUCCAAAAACUUUUAAAAAAAAAUUUAAAUAAUCAAAAUGAACUAAUUAAAGUAGAAAAUGUAUUAUUACAUGUGAAUAGAAAAUGUAAUGAAGCAAUGCAAGAAAAUAAUUUGGAAAACCUUUAUUGCUGUGUUUCACCACAACUUUUGUUACUUAUUCAAAUUUUAGAAGAAACUGCAAAAUGUUAUGACUCAUCUAUCAAUGGGCAAGAGCAUAAUUUAAAAGAACAAUAUGCUUUUAGUGGAAUUAUAUUUGUAAAACAACGCAUAUUUGCAUAUACAAUAUGUGAGUGGCUUAAAGAAGUAAGCAAGAAUGAUCCAAAAUAUUCAUUUAUAAAACCAAAUUAUAUUGUUGGACAUGGCAUACAACAAAGAAUGCAUUUCUCAGUAGCUAGCUCAAUGUCAUAUAAAAAGCAACAAGCUACAAUAAAAGAUUUUCGACAGAAGAAUUUUAAUUUUCUAGUAGCUACUUCUGUUAUUGAAGAAGGGUUGGAUAUUCCCAAAUGUAACUUAGUAAUACGUUUUGAUUUACCUGAAGAUUUUCGGGCUUAUGUUCAAAGUAAAGGACGAGCCAGAGCUAAGGAAGCCAAGUAUAUCUUAAUGACAUCAUGUGAUGAGAAAGAAAAGCUCUUGAAUAAUUUGAAAGAUUUCAAAUUGAUUGAAAAUAUACUUAUGAAAUAUUGCCACCAAAGAACAGAAACAUCAGAAGAUAUGCCUCAUCCAAUAGACGAUGAUAUAUUACCUCCAUACAUGCCUGUAAAGAAAGAUGGAGCACCACGCAUCACUAUGACCUCAGCCAUAUCUUUGAUAAAUCGAUAUUGUGCAAAACUUCCAUGUGAUAAAACUUCACGGUUAGUACCACAUUGGAGACUUGAAACUGUUCAUUUAAAUUGUGAUGUUAAUUCUUCAGAUUUAGGCUAUAUAUGUUUAUUACGGCUUCCUCCAAAUUCACCAUUAAACAAAAUAGUCGCAAGUCAUGUAAUGAGUGUGAAACGACAUGCAAAAAUGGCAGCAGCAUUGAAGGCUUGUGAGGAAUUACAUAAAAUUGGUGAAUUAGAUGAAAAUUUACUACCUAUUGGAGACAAUAUUGAUAAAUAUAAACAUGAAGUAGUUGAUAAAUUUGAUGAUGAAAAAGAUAAAAAGAAAACAGGGAGGAAAAAAACUAUUCAAGCAUAUGAAAAGAAAAUUCCAGAUCUUCUACAAAAAAGUUUACCUACAGAGCACGAUACUUGUUUUCUAUAUACUGUUCAUAUGAAAUUUUCUUCAGUUAAUAACUUGGGAAUAUUACGAGAUGCUGAAAAUGUUGAAAACGGAACAAGUGAAUAUGGAAUUUUAACAACAAAACAAUUUCCAACAUUUUUUGGAUUUCCAGUUUUCACAGCAAAAACUGCACUGAAAAUUGAUAUAAAUAUUGAAUCUGUAAAAACUUGUAUGAAAUUCAGUAAUGAUCAGUUAUGUGCUAUCCAAGUAUUUCAUCAAUAUAUAUUUACAGAAAUUCUUCAAAUAGAUACUAAAAGAUUUCAGUUUGAUCCAAAAACAGCCGAGUUCUCUCUAUAUAUUGUUCCAAUUAUAAAAAAUGAUGAAUGUAAUUCUAAUGGAAUUGACUGGAACUUGAUAAAUCUAGUUUGUUGUCACGUAAAUACAGAAAAACAAGAAUUGAUUAAAAGGAAUAAAAAUGUAAUAAAUUCAAAAUCAUAUGAUGAUGCUGUAAUAUAUACUUGGUAUAAUGAUACCAGAAGAAAACAUUUUUUUUAUGUUAAUGAAAUUUUACAUCAGAAAUCACCAUUAUCUUGUUUUCCAUCCAAAGAAUAUAAGAACUAUAAACAGUACUUUAAUGAUAAAUACAGUGUUGAAAUUGAAAAUGAAAAUCAAUUUCUUUUAUCUUGUGGUUAUAUUAAUAAUACAUUUUGUACAAAAAUAACCUCUAGAUAUUCAGAUCAAUAUGGCAAAUCACUGAAAAAAAGUAGCAUUGAAAAACUGAAGAAACAAACAAUUGUCAAUCUUGUUCCUGAACUUUGCAUUAUUAUACCUUUAUCAUAUUCUUUUUUCAGAAAGAUUUUAACACUUCCUUCGGUUUUAUAUCGAUUGAGCUCAUAUAUUCAAGCUGAUCAGUUUCGUUUUAUAAUUGCUAAAGAGGCUAACAUUGGUUUGGCUGAACUUCCACCUGAUUUUAAAUGGCCAACUUUUGAAUAUAAUAAUUAUCAUCAGAAGAGUUCUGAAAAUUUAUCCAAUUUACAAAAUGCUGUUAAUAACAGAAACAGUCAGAUAAGCACAGAAAAAAUCAAACUUGGAAAAUGUGAAGUAUCAAAAAUUAAUCUGGAUUACCAAGAAGAUUUAAGUAAUUAUUGUGGUCCAAACCCUGAGGAAAUAUUGGCUGCUUUUACUUUAAUUCGAUCUCAAGAUUAUUUUAAUCUAGAAAGGCUGGAAAUUAUUGGUGAUUCAUUUUUAAAAUAUUCAGUUAGUGUAAACUUAUAUCUCAAAUAUAACUUGGAUGAAGGAAAAUUGACACAAUUAAAAGCUUUAAUAGUUAGUAACUACAAUCUUUACCAAUUAUCAAAAUCAAAAAAUUUAGAAAAAUGUAUCAUUGGACAGAAAUUUGACUUUAAAAGAAAUUGGUUACCACCUUGUUUUACUGUUAAAAAGAAAGAGAAUACUACUAAAAAUAUCAGUACUGGAAUAACAGAUCAGAAUUUAUCUGAUAAAUCUUUAGCUGAUUCUGUAGAGGCUUUAAUUGGUGUCUAUCUAUUGAAUUGUGGAUUUCAUGGAGCUUUAAAAUUUAUGUCAUGGUUAAACUUUAAAAUAUUUGAUGGUGUAUCUUUGAAUUCAAAUUAUUUACCAAUGGAAAUUGAAACCAUUGAUGGUACAGAAGGUGAAAGAAAACUAUCUAUUCAUCCAAAACAUUAUGAAUUUGAAAAGUUGAAAAUGAAGAAGUUUGAAGAAAAAAUUGGAUAUACAUUUAAAGAAAAAUUGUAUUUAUUAGAAGCUCUCACUCAUGCUUCUUAUUAUGAAAAAGGCAGAAAUUACAAUUGUUAUCAGAGAUUAGAAUUUUUAGGUGAUGCGGUUCUUGAUUACAUAAUAACUCGAUAUUUGUAUGAAGAUCCAAGAAAACAUAUGCCAGGUGUUUUAACAGAUUUACGUGCAGCUCUUGUCAAUAAUCGUACUUUUGCAGUAUUGGCUGUGAAACAGAAAUUUCAUAAAUAUCUUCAAAGUAAUUCAGAGAACCUUUUUAAGGUCAUUGAUAGAUUUGUAACAAAAGUUAUGGAAAGUGAAAAUAUUCAGGAUUUUCUUAAUGAAACGGAACAAAUGGAUGAUAUAUAUGAAAUUGAAGUACCAAAACCUUUAUCUGAUAUAUUUGAAUCAGUGGCUGGGGCUAUAUAUAUUGACAGUGGAAUGUCUUUAGAAACUGUGUGGGAUGUUUAUUAUCCAAUGAUGAAAUCAAGUUUUGAUAUAUGUGAUAACAUACCAAAAUCAUUUGUUAGACAGUUAUACGAAUUAUAUCCUAAAACUAAAUUUUCAAAACCCAAACCAAUGGAUGAUGGAAGUGUUAAAGUGACAGUAACUGUUAAUGGAAAUAUUGAGUUUGAAGGUUUUGGUGCAAACAAAACUGUUGCAAAAAAAGCUGCUGCCAAAAUGGCAUUAAAUUCUCUGAAAAAGAUACUAUGAAGGUAUUCAAUAAUAAAUUUUUAAUC